AUGAUGGAGUACGCUCAGUACCCUCAGCAACCGCAGAAUCCACACUCGCAAGGCCACGUCCAGUCAGGAUAUCCCAACUCGGCAGCAGCGAACGGCAUCACAUCCCCGACCAGCCACAACCUCAACCCGCACGCGCAGACCUCGCCGAUUUUAUCAUCCCAACAACAACAACAACAAUCCCCUCAAGGCCAGCCUCCCAACAUGUAUCAGCCGCAGUAUAGCGUCCCGCACUAUGCCAUGCCAGGCAUUCAGGCCGCCGCAAUGGCCGCGACCGCGGCCGCAUCGGGGCAGUCAAAUUAUCCCUACAUGCCAUCGGACCCGAGCUUACCUCAGACUUCUCCUAGGAUGGGCGGGUCUAAGAAGGACAACCGGGGAUCGCCUCAGAUGAAUAAUGUUCAGAGGAGGAUGAGCCAGGUUGUCAGCCCAGGUGUCGCGAAUGCGGCGCAGAACAUGAUGAGCCACGUUGGGGGCCGGCCGGGGGUUGCGCCACCGCAACUCCCACCUGGCGCAGCAAUGGGCCAUCCCCAGCCCCCCGAUAUGCCGGCCGGCGGUGGUGUCGAAGAGUCGCCCCUCUACGUGAAUGCGAAGCAAUUUCAUCGUAUCCUGAAAAGACGGGUGGCUCGGCAAAAGCUCGAAGAGCAACUGCGGCUGACGUCCAAGGGUCGCAAGCCGUACCUACACGAAUCCAGGCACAAUCACGCCAUGCGCCGACCACGCGGCCCGGGCGGACGGUUCCUCACUGCAGAAGAAGUCGCCGAGAUCGAGCGGAAAAAGGCCGCGGGCGGCGGUGAAGGCCAAGCGAAAGAGGGCGGUUCUGAAGCAGUGAAAGCGGGCACAAAACGCAAGUCCGAGGCAGACACUGACGGUGCCAAUAAGAAGGUGAAGACGGACCAAACAGAAAGCCCGGGGGAGGAAGAUGAGGGAGAAGAC